CCACUGCGCCUCCACUGCAUCGUCACCCACACCUCCCAAUCCUCACCCAGAACCCACACACAAAAUGACAGACACACAAGACCCAAGCGCCGCAGCUGCAGCUGCAGCCGCAGCGCCACCAGCACCACUCUUCAAGAAACGCGGCGCCAAAGCCCAAACGAACCUUCGCAAGAAACGCGCCGCGACGCCGCCCUCCGCCUCCUCCGCCUCCUCCUCCUCCGAAUUCUCCUCCGACGAAACCACCAACAUCAAGCGGCGCAAGAAGAACGCCGGCGUCGUGAGCGCCUCUUCCGCCGCGCGCAGCACCACAACCCCCAACGACCCCGUCACCACACCCACAGCCACCGCCCCGCUGCUCCUCCCUGACACCAACGACGCAACCAAACAAUCCAACUGGUACGACGAAACCGAGACCACCAGCGCAGCCAACCUGCUCGGCAAAACCCGACACCCCCAACCCUCCCUCCCCCAGGAACCCGACGGAACCUACAGAGGCCUCGCGCACCAAACCCAACAAACCUUCAUCCGACGCAACCCGGACGCGCCCCCCAAAAAGGCCGUGGGGCCCGUCCGCGCCCCCACCAACGUGCGCAUGACCACGUUCACGGACUACGCGCCGGACGUGUGCAAGGACUACAAGCUGACGGGGUGGUGUGGGUUCGGCGACAACUGCAAGUUCCUGCACGACCGGUCGGAUUACAAGGCGGGGUGGGAGUUGGACAAGGAGUGGGAGAAUGUCACCAAGGGGAAGAAGGUGGUUGGCACGGUGGUGUCGGAUCGGGCGCGCGGAGGAGGAGGAGGAGGAAGCGGAGCUGCGGACAAAGACAUGGACGACGAGGAUGCCGAGUUGGAGGAGAUCCCGUUUGCGUGCAUCAUCUGUCAGGGCCCGUAUCGCGAGCCGAUAGUGACCAAGUGCGGGCAUUACUUCUGCGAGGCGUGCGCGUUGAAGCGGUAUCGGAAGGAUCCGAGUUGCGCGGCGUGCGGGGCGGCGACGAACGGGGUGUUCAAUUCGUCGAAGAAGUUGAGGCGGUUGUUGGAGCGGAAGGCCGAGAAGCAGGCGCAGCGGAGGAGGGAGGCGGAGGAGAACGGGGAGGUGCUGAGUGAGGAUGAGGAGGAUGAGUAGGGGAUGAGUAUAUGAUAUGCACAUAUGUAUAGAGAUUAUGAUAUCG